CAAGAAUUGAAUACCGAUCAUUCCAACACCGAGGCAUUAGUAAACACGAUUGUCCAGACAGGGCAAAAUGCGCUAUGAAUUCGUUAACGUAAUACGUAACGACGUCUGAUUAUCGAGGAAGAAGCUAUGACUCACGAUCUAACGACUACGUUAAGGAGCGAGCUGGCGGCUCUCGAGUAUAAGCGCGAUAGAUUGAUGUCCGAGCUUCAAGAGACGAAGAACCUCGUAAGAUCGCGGGAUCAACGAGUGAUAGAGAUGCAGGUAGAGACCGAUCUACUCCGCGAACAAGCAGCCAGGCAGAAUGCCGUGAUUUUGAGUUUGAAAAAACGCAUACAGGAAUUAGAGGAACGGGAAAAAAAUCUUUACGCCACUCAAGGAAGGAACGAGAUCGCGUUGCAGGGUUUGCAACGAGAUUCCAAGUAUCAUCAAGAGAAAAUUCGCGAAUACGAGAAGAAGAUACGUCAGUUCGAGCAGACCAUGUCGGAAGAGAUGGAAUCGAAGGAACGGGCACGAUCGAAUUUUCAGGACUUUGCACGAAAAUUGGCGAACGCGUUGAGCGUGGAGUAUCGCGAAACCGUCCAUCCUAGUCCCGAAGUGGUGAUCCACAAAGUGGAGGAAUUGGUUCAAGAAGCGAAUCGUCUUCGCGCAAAGAAUACGAACGUCGAGGCACAGUUGACUACCGUGGAGGUGGACUUUCGAAGUUGUCGGGAUGCUUUGGACCGUACCGUGGCGGAAAAGGAGCAACUUCAACGGCAAGUGUCUUCGCAGUUGCUCGAUUUGGAUCGUUUGAAACAGGACAAGGAAUGUCUCGAGAUGCGAUACAGAGUUGCGGAAAGAGAGCUGAACGGACUGAGGGAUAAGUUGGUAAACGCGAACAGAAGCAUAAGUAGCGCGACGGGAAAUAUAUCGAAUCAAGAAGCGUUAAUUGGACAAUUACGAGAAGAUUUGAAGCAGCGGGAAGAAAAGUGUCAGCGCGUGCAAACCGAGCUACGACACUUUUUGGAAUCCUUGGCGAUGCUUGUCAGCGGCCCGAACAGAUACAUCGAGUCUCACGAGAACGCGAUUAAGGACCGCAUUAGGGAGAUCUUGGCCGAGAACAAAGAUCAGGCUCUUACCAUUCAAAAUCUGCGAGACAAAGUAAACGCGAUAACAGAAUCGGCGAAUCGACAGAGCGAAUUGAUCGAGUCGACGGUUGGGAAAAUUCGAAACCUCGAGGACGAACGAUCCGACAUGGAAAGCAAAGUUCGGAAAUUGGAGAGCGAGUUGACCGAUUGCGAGCUGUCGAAAGAAUCUCUGCGCAGGGACAAGCAAACGUUUGUUAGGUUUUUGGAACGGUUAGGGAAAGCGAUGCAAAUGGACGAGAUUUCCGAGGAAAUGGGGCUCGAUUUACAAACGGAAUCGCUCGUAGUGCGAGCUGAACAACUCGCCAGAUUGGAAACGGACAAACUGGCGGACAAGUACUCGCGGUCCAACUGCACCAUCUUACCGAGGAUUCGGCACGAGCGAUCCUUCCACGAGCUUCCUUCUAUGAAAGAAACUUCGGUGGUAUAUCAGCUGCAGCGUCGCGUAAGGACGCUUCGGGAACAAUUGCAGCGCAGAGAUCUUCAUUUGGACCUACUGCGUAGAAAACUGUCGCUUCAAGAAGAAAACGUUAAAACGAAAUCGUUCCUACAAAGCGAAAGAGACGAUGCGAAUCUUCGAGCGAGAAAGCUGUCGAAACAAAUCGAUCGUUUGCAGGUUCUACUUUCGGAGGAGAGGUCCAGAAAUCGGGAGUUGAGCGCGCAACUCACGGAAGCAGCGGAUUACAAAAUUGCCGCUUUGGAGCGUAGUCGGAAGAUAGAAGAGCUUCAGAAACGUUUGGUCGAGAGCGAGAUGCUGAGAACUCGUUGCAACAGAAAAUUGACCAUGUUGAAGGAGCAAAUGAGAAGUACGACGGAAACUGCCGAACAAGAGAGAUCCAUCAGCGAUCAUUCGCUGCAAUUACUCAGAGACGAACUAGCGCAGGUCAAGCAAAAUCUUUCCGACGUCACGAAAAGGGAAUCCCAAUUGCAAAGCUUCCGUCUUUCCGUGGUGAAAUUGUUAUCGGAACCGAUCUGUACCCCCGAUUACGAAAUAAUUUCGCGAUUGCAAAAAAUGGUAGCAGCGCAUCGCGACUUUACCAUGCUCUCGCGCAGAUACGACGAGCCAUUGGAUAUCAGUCCUUCUAGAUGUACCAGCAUACAUACGAUGCAUCCUCCUAGAUCGCCAAGCUCGCGAUGCGCCCGCUACGAGGACAGCGGAUUCGCGGAUCCACCGGAUCUUCGUGACAUCGAAGACGAAUUCAACAAACGACCAGUUCGGAGCAGUCUUCUUCCGUGACG